AUGAUUAAAUCAGAAGAUAAUAAUAAUAAAUCAUUUAUUCAAUCAAGUAAUUUAAAUAUAAUUGAUGAUGAUUCAAAUAAUAAUAAUAGAAUCAAUAAUAAUAUAAAUACUAAUAAUGAAAAUAUGAUAGAUUUUUAUGGUAAUAAUUUCAAUCCACAACAAUCAAACUUUAUGUUUGAUGAAACUGAUGAAUUUUUAAGAUCAAUAUCUGGAGUUUUAAUUAAUUCAAAAAAUGAUUUAAAUGAUAUUAAUCAAAAUAAUAAUAAUAGUAAUAAUAAUGAUUAUAUGAAUAAUAAUUAUCAUAAUCCUGUUUUAUCACCAUCUUCUUUAAAUGGAGAUGAGGUUGUAUUUCCUGAAUAUUUAAAUAAUUAUUCUAAUCAAAAUCAACAAUUACCUUAUCAACAAGAUAAUCAACAAUAUCAAUUUCAACAACAAUUAGUCCCACAACAACAACAAGGACAAGGACAAGAACAAGGACAACUCUCACAACAACCAUUUCAACAACAAAAGUCAACUCCACAACAACUUCAAUAUGAUACCAAUAUAAGAUCCCAUUCUUCUUCAAUUGUUACGUAUAAUAAUGAAAAUAUAACUCCUUUAUCUAAUCAAUCACAUGAAACUUCUGAAUUUACUUCACCAGAAUCAAUUAAUAAUCAUACUGAAAAAUUACCAAUAUCUAAACAAUCAGCAAAACAAACAAAAAGAAAUAAUUCAGCUACUAAAAUUACAAAACCAAAGAAUAAUAAAGAUAAAAGUUCUCAUAAUAUGAUUGAAAAGAAAUAUAGAACUAAUAUUAAUUCAAAAAUUUUAAUUUUGAGAGAUGCAGUUCCAUCUUUAAGAAUUGCAGCUGGUUGUGAUGACGUUUCAUUAGCUGAUUUAGAAGGUAUAACACCAGCUUCAAAAUUAAAUAAAGCAAGUGUUUUAACAAAAGCAACUGAAUAUAUCAAACAUUUAGAACAAAAAAAUUCUAUAUUAAAAGAUCAAAAUGAUUAUUUACAAAAUAUUAUUCAAGAGGCUAAUUUAAGUUCACAAAUUCGAAUGCCUCAACAGCAUUCAAAUAAUCAAUCAGUAAUGAGUUCACCAGAGGAAUAUAGUUCAGUUAGAUCACGUAGUCAACAACCGAUGGUGGAUGAGAUUCAAUAUCAACAGCAACCGCAACAACCACCGCAACAGGUAUCUCCACAACAACAACAGCAGCAACAACAACAACAACAACAACAACAAUCAAAUCAACCUAAUAGAUAUUUGUUAGGUGGUAUGGCUACGGUAAUGGCAACUUCAUUAUUUGGUGGUUCAGGUGAUAAUGAUUUUAGAAGUUUAAAUGCAUUACCAUUUGCUCAUUAUUUAUUUCCAAAUGCUAUACUCCAUCCAUCUCCAAUGUUUAUACAAAUGUGGUCAUUAACUAAAUUAUUACUAGUUGUUGGUAGUUUAGUCUCAAUUUUUUACCCGAUUAUUUCGUCAUACAUGAAUUCAUUUUCAAAUGAUGGAAAUGGUGAACUAAAAGAAGCAGAAUCAACGCAAUUAUCAUCAAUUUUUUCGAUACUUGAUUAUAUAUUGAUAUCAUUUUACUUAAAAAUGCCAAACAAGUUAACUGAUCACAAAAGAUCGGAGAUUUUUAAAAGUUUAAAUGGUGAUGAUCAAACCAGUAAUAAUUUCAAAAUUUUAGUUUCAAAUUAUAUUUAUUUGAAUUCUUGUGAAAUCAAUUUCGAAAAUACCUUAUUAUCAUUAAUUACAAUCAACAUUUUUAAAUAUCAGUAUCCAAAGUUUGAACCUAUGAUAAAUCAUUUUUCUAAAUUUAAACUAAAUUUAAUUACAAAUUUGGACUAUCAUGGUACAAACAACACCUUAGUUAAAUUAAAUAAAUUGAUCAAUAAAAUUGAUGGUGUUUCAAUGUUUGAUAGUGAAAUUUUAUUCAAAAGAUUAAUCAAUUUGAACUUAGGUAAAGACAUUAAUCAAGGAUUUGAUGAAAUGAAAGAUGGUUUAAACACCAAAGUAAAUCAAAUUUUAAAUGAAUCCAAAUCGAAUUAUUACGAUUUAAUUUUAAAAUUGAGAAUAUUGGAAAUUUUAAAUAUAAUAAAUUUAACAUACUUGGAGAAUCUAACUAAUAAAAAAGAAGAUGAAAAAAAUGACAAUAAAUUUAAAAUUUUAACUGAUUUAAAAAUAUUAGAAUUAUUGAUACCCAAAAAUUCAUUAAUAUUUGAAGAAUUUCAAUUAUUAAAUACAAUUGUUAAUUUUAAUCAAUCACCUUAUUUAUUCAGUUUUUUAAAGGGUAAGUUUGAACAAAAGUUGAAGUCAAUCAACAUUGAAGAAAUUACGGAGAGUGAGGACGAAGAAGAUGAAGAAUUAUUUGAAAAUAAUGAAGACGAUUUAAAACUUCAAUUGUUCAAUAUAUUAUCACAAGAAGAAAAAAUAAUAUUAAUGUCAUCAUUAAUUUCUUAUUACAAUAACUUAGAAGAAUACGAAAAUACUUUGAAAUUAAUAAAUUAUUUAUCAAAAUCAAUAACAAACGAAAAAGAUAUUAAUUUGACUACUUUCACAUCAUUGAUAAACAUGAUAAACAAUUUGAUACCAAGUCCCUUAGAUGAUAAUGAAAUAAUAUCAAAUAUAAUUUUAAUAUUAAGAAAAUGGUUAUUAAAAUUUGAUAAUCAACAAAAUUCAAUAAUAAAUAAGUAUAAUUUAAUAUCAAAUUUGAUUGAAUUUUUAAUUAUAAAAACUAAAAAAAUUAAUGGUAUAAAUGAUGAUAAUGAUGAUGAAAUUGAACUUUAUGAUUGUGAUAAAAUGAAUGAUGAUGGAUGUUAUGUUAUGAACUAA